UGCAGCAUAACGGUAUAGUUGUACUUUUUUUUCAGCUGUUCUUUCUCCUUUGUCCUUCACUUUCAUGCCUUUCAACUGUGCCACCAAAACAGUAUCAAGAUAAGCUGGAGAGAACAAGGCCUGCCGAAUUUAAACUUAAGAGUCAGCACCUACAAAAGCAGCAACAUGCAGACCACUGACUUUGAUAACCUGGAAAUUGAGCAGCAGUACUGCACUAUCAACUCCCGCUGGGAAACGGUAGAGGAUGACCUUGACAAUGAUAACAGUUCCGCUCGAAUGUUUGAAAGAUCUAGAAUUAAAGCCCUUGCAGAUGAGCGUGAAGCCGUGCAAAAGAAAACAUUUACCAAAUGGGUCAACUCCCAUCUUGCUUUUGUAAGUUGUCGCAUUUCUGAUCUCUACUUGGAUCUGAGAGAUGGAAGGAUGUUAAUAAAACUUUUGGAGGUGCUAUCAGGAGAACAGCUGCCAAGAAGAACAAAAGGGAGAAUGCGUAUCCACUGCUUAGAAAAUGUGGACAAAGCUCUUCAUUUUCUUAAGGAGCAAAGAGUCCAUCUUGAAAAUAUUGGUCCUCAUGAUAUUGUCAACGGCAAUCAUCGAUUGGUAUUGGGCCUUAUAUGGACCAUCAUAUUACGUUUCCAGAUCCAAGAUAUUAUAAUUGAAAUGAAAGGCAGUGAAACUCGCUCUGCAAAGGAUGCUUUGCUAUUAUGGUGCCAGAUGAAGACAGCAGGGUAUCCAAAUGUUAAUGUGACUAAUUUCACAUCAAGCUGGAGGGAUGGACUGGCAUUCAAUGCGUUAAUCCAUAAACACAGGCCUGACCUGUUUGAUUUUGAAAGAAUGAAAAAAUCCAAUGCAAAGCACAACCUUGAGCAUGCCUUUGAUACAGCUGAUCACAAAUUGGGAAUAACUCAGCUCCUUGAUCCAGAAGAUGUCCUUACCGAAAACCCAGAUGAAAAAUCCAUAAUCACCUACGUAGUAGCAUUUUAUCAUUAUUUUUCAAAGAUGAAGGCCUUGGCUGUAGAAGGAAAAAGAAUUGGCAAGGUGUUGGAUAAUGCGAUUGAAACAGAUAAAAUGAUCUAUGAAUAUGAAAGCCUGACAUCGGAUUUGUUGACAUGGAUUGAACAAACCAUCUUAGCCCUUAUAAAUCGAACAUUUGCAAACUCUUUAACUGGGGUCCAACAGCAGCUCCAGGCAUUCAGUGCAUACAGAACUACAGAAAAACCACCUAAAUUUCAAGAAAAGGGUUAUUUGGAGGUGCUCUUAUUCACCAUUCAAUCUAGAAUGAGAGAAAACAAACAGAAAGUAUAUGUCCCUCAAGAUGGGAAGCUUGUUUCUGACAUCAACCGGGCAUGGGGUCGCCUUGAAAAAGCUGAGCAUGACCGUGAGACAGCACUGAGAAAUGAACUUAUUCGACAAGAAAAGCUUGAGCAACUGGCAAAGCGGUUCGAUCGCAAGGCUGCAAUGCGAGAAACUUGGAUUUCGGAAAACCAGCACCUCAUUGCACAGGAUAAUUUUGGUUUUGAUUUGCCAUCAGUGGAAGCCGCCAAGAAGAAACAUGAAGCUAUUGAGACGGACAUCUAUGCAUAUGAAGAACGUAUACAAGCACUAGUAAAUGUAGCUAAGGAACUGGAGAAUGAGAGAUACCAUGAUAUCAGGCGUAUUAGUGCCAGAAAGGACAACAUUGUGCGCCUGUGGCAGUAUUUACUGGAGAUACUGAAGUCUAGGCGCAAUAGACUUAACAUGACUGUUGAACUGCAAACCUUGUUUCAAGAGAUGCUGCACAUUGUAAACUGGAUGGAUGAAAUAAAGGGAGGCCUUUUAUCCCAAGAUUAUGGUAAACAUCUCCUCGAGGUGGAAUAUUUACUGCAGAAACACAGCUUGACAGAAGCUGAUAUUGCUGCUCAGGCGGAUAAAGUAAAAUCAUUUAGCCAGGCUGCUCUGAAGUUUGUAGGUGGAGAUGGGUAUCAGCCAUGCGAUCCACAGGUGAUUAAAGAUCGAGUUCAGCACCUUGAACUUUGUUAUCAGGAACUAGUAUCACUGGCAGCACAGAGGAGGCAUAAUUUGCAGCAAUCACGUUGUUUGUGGAAGUUUUUUGGAGACAUUGAAGAGGUGGCAAGAUGGAUAAGGGAGAAAGAACAAAUCUAUACUUCAAUGGAUUUUGGAAAAGACCUAACCAGCAUCUCCAUUCUCCAAAGAAAACACAGGGCUUUUGAGGAUGAACUCAAAGGUCUUGAAACUAAUUUGCAGCACACUCUUAAAGAUGGAGAACAAAUGAUUGCCAAUAAACACUAUGCGUCACCGAAAAUCAAAGAACAAAUUGAAAAUAUCAAAGUUCAGUGGGCUCAGCUAAAGGAUUUGGCAGCCUUCCGUUUGAAAAUUCUUUGUGACACUGAGAACUUCUUUCAGUUCCAGGUUGAUGCUGAUGAUCUGGCUGCAAGGAUGCAGGACACCUAUCGUAUGAUGCAAAGUGACGAUGUUGGUCAUGAUGAAUAUUCAACCAAAAUAUUAGUGAAAAAGCAAAAGGAUCUCUUAGAUGACAUAAUGAUCAAUAGAAAGGUUCUGGAGGGUCUCAGUGAGGUGGUUCAAAGAUUCCCAGAGGAGUUCAAGACUUCACCUGAGAUUGAUAGUCGACUACAAAAAUUAAGAGCUCUCUUUUCUGAUUUAGCAUCCCUAGCAGACUUGCGUUCCCAAAAACUUCAAGAUGCUCUCUCAUUUUAUACCGUUCUUGGUGACAUAGAUGCAUGCGAGAUGUGGAUGAAUGAAAAGGAGAAAUGGCUGGAAAAGAUGGAGAUUCCAGAAUCACUAGAGGACAUGGGAGUUGUACAGCAUAGAUUUAAUACAUUAGACCAAGAAAUGGGUGCUCUGGGCUCCCAAAUUCAGGAUGUGAACACAGCAGCCAAUGCUCUUAUUGAAAGUGGACAUCCCAGUAGGAAAAAAGUAAAGGAAGAUCUGGAUCACAUGAAUAGCAGAUGGACAGUGUUUCAAGAGAUGGUUUCCCAAAAGCGAAGAGCAGUUGAUUCUGCCCUUGGCCUUCACAAUUAUGGUGUGGAAUGUGAUGAGACCAAGAACUGGAUAAUCGAAAAAAUCAAGGUUGUAGAAUCUAUUCAGGAUCUUGGAAGUGAUCUUGCGUCUGUGAUGUCAAUUCAAAGGAAACUCUAUGGCAUUGAGAGAGAUCUAGCCGCUAUUGAGGCCAAACUCAUAAAUCUACAAGGAGAUGCACAAAAACUUGCAAAUGAUCACCCUGAUCAAGCUCAAAACAUCCUUGAUCGACUGAUUGAUAUAAAUAAGAAAUGGGAAGAAUUGCAGAAGGCACUGCAAAAUCAAGAGGAGUCCUUAGGAGAAAGUAGCAAAGUACAAAAAUUCUUGGUGGACUUGUUUGAUUUUGAGACAUGGCUUUACAGAGCCCAACAGGCAACAGCUUCAGAAGAUAUACCCACUUCACUGCCAGAGGCCGAAAAGCUAUAUGCUAACCACCUUUCUCUUAAAGAUGACAUUGAACGCCAUGAACCCGAUUUCUGUGAUGUUGUAGAUACAGGUAACAAGGUAACCUCAGGACAAACAGACCCCCAAUAUGAACAACUUGAUCAAAGAGGCAACGAUAUAAAAGAAGGCUGGAAUGAUCUCCACAAGAUGUGGGACAAUCGAGAGAAAUCCCUUUCUCAGUGCUUGGAAUUCCAGAAGUUCCUGAAGGAUGCAAAGCAGUCUGAAGCUAUUUUGAGUAAUCAGGAAUACACAUUUGCUCAUAUUGAAGUUCCCACCACAUUACAAGCUUCACAAACUAGACUGAAAAAACAUGAGGAUUUCCUAGCUACUAUGGAGAAUAAUGACGAGAAGAUUGUUGGAACCAUCAAUCAUGGAAAGAAAUUAGAUGAGGAUAAAAAUGUUUUUGCUGAUAAAGCUUUGGGCAAGAUUUCCUUUAUUGAAGAAAGAUAUGCCAAGAACUUAAACAAGGCCAAAGAAGUUUCUAUUCUGCUGAAGGAUAACUGCGACCUCCAAAAUUUCCUUGAAAACUGCGAAGAGCUCAAUAUAUGGAUCAAUGAAAAAAUGUUGACUGCUCAAGACACAUCUUAUGAUGGAGCUCGAAACCUGCACAGCAAAUGGCUAAAGCACCAGGCUUUUAAGGCAGAACUUGAUUCCAACAAAGAGAGACUUGAGAAUCUUGACAAGGAAGGGAAACAACUGGCACAGGAAAAAGAACAGUUUGCACCAAUUAUUUCUGAGAAACUGAGUGAGUUGCACAGACUCUGGGAUGAACUGGAAACUACCACCCUCCAAAAAGAACAGUCUCUUUUUGAUGCCCACCGCACAGAGCUUUAUGAGCAAAGAUAUGCAGAUCUAAAUAAAUGGAUAAAAGAUAUGGAGCAGCAAGUAAAAUCUGAUGACUGUGGAACAGACCUUACAAGUGUUAAUAUUCUACUAAAUAAGCACAAAAGAAUUGAAGAUCAGAUUCAACAAAAGACAAUAGAAAUGGAUCAAGUUCUACCACAAGCUUCAGCUCUGGGCAAAGAACCUGAUGAGAAGGAGCCAGAAAUUAACGUACGUUUUCUGCAACUUGAGCCGCUAAUGCAGGAGAGAAAGAGGAAACUUCUUUCUUCAAAGCAAGUACAUCAACUGCACCGGGACUUGGAAGAUGAAAUUCUUUGGAUUCAGGAGAGAUUGCCUCUUGCAGAGUCACAGGAUUAUGGAAAUAACCUUCAGACGGUACAAAUGCUAAUGAAGAAAAAUCAGACUUUACAGAAAGAGAUUGCAGGUCACAGUCCCCGGAUAGAGGAUGUUCUAAUGAGAGCAAAGCAUAUAGAACAUGAUGCAGAUAUUGAUGAUCAGCCUAUUGAAAAGAAACGGAAGUCUUUGGAAGAGAGCUGGGAUAACUUACAGAAACAAAUAGCAGAAAGAGAAAAACACUUGCUGCAAGCUCUUGAAGCACACCAUUAUUAUAUGGAUGCAGGCGAGGCAGAGGCUUGGAUUGAUGAACAACAGCUUUACCUGAUUGGAGAUGAACAACCAAAGGAUGAAGAAAGUGUUGUUGCAAUGUUGAAGAAACAUCUCAAUUUACAACAUGCCGUGGAACAUUAUGGGAAGAAUAUUAAGGACUUGGCAGACCAGGCACAAAAACUCCUUGCAUUAGAGCAUCCUGAUAGUGAACGUAUAACUCGGCACCAAGGCAAUAUAGAAAAGCAGUACGCAGCACUGAGGGACAUGGCUGAUGAGAAAAGGCAAAAGCUGGACAAUAUUUAUCACAUGUUUCAGCUGAGGCGUGAAGUUGAAGAUCUGGAGCAAUGGAUUGCAGAAAGAGAUGUGAAGGCCUCAUCCCAGGAAAUGGGACAAGAUUUGGAUCAUGUGUCAAUCCUGAGAGACAAAUUCCGUGACUUUGCGAGAGAGACAGGAGUCAUUGGGCAGGAGCGUAUUGAUAACGUCAAUAUUUUAAUUGAACAACUGAUUGAUGCUGGCCAUGCAGAUGCAGCAAUGAUUGCAGAAUGGAAAGAUAACUUAAAUGAGAGCUGGGCAGACUUGCUGGAACUUAUAGAUACCCGUGUUCAGCUGCUGUCUGCAUCCUAUGAACUCCAUAAAUUCUUCUAUGAUGGUACAGAAAUCCUAAGCAUGAUUGAGGAGAAGCACAAGGAAUUGCCAGAAGAUUUGGGGGGAGAUGUACACACAGCACAAUCACUUCACCGAGUGCAUACUGCAUUUGAAAGAGAUAUUCAUUUUAUUGGGAGCCAGGUACAACACUUCCAAGACACAGCAGCACGUUUAUAUGCUGCCUAUGCAGGAACACAGGCUGUGGAUAUACAGAAAAAGGAGCAAGAAGUUGUUGAAGCCUGGAAAGGCCUUCUGGAUGCCUGUGAUGGGCGUCGAACAGAGUUGAUUAGUGCAGCAGAGAAAUUUCGGUUUUUCAGCAUGGUGCGUGAUUUGAUGCUUUGGAUGGAGAACAUGAUUAGACAGAUUGAGACACAGGAAAAACCAAGAGAUAUAUCAUCUGUUGAGUACCUAAUAAAAUACCACCAAGAACUAAAGGCAGAAAUCGAAGCUAGAAAUGUCACAUAUACAGCAUGUGUGGAUUUGGGAAACACUCUCUUGGCUCGUAAUCACCCAGCUUCUGAGGAGAUAAAAGAAAAGUUGGUGCAGCUAGAAGAACGGAGAGAGGAGAUGAUGGAGAAGUGGCACAAGCGCUGGGACUGGCUUAGUAUUUUACUAGAGGUUUGCCAGUUUGCAAGAGACGCCUCCAUGGCAGAAUCAUGGUUAAUAUCAAAGGAGCCAUACCUGUACAGUACUUAUGUGGGAAACAGCGUUGAUGAUGUGGAAAAGUUAAUCAGAAGGCAUGAAUCAUUUGAGAAAUCCACUUUAACAUGGGAAGAGAGAUUUUCUGCGCUAGAAAGGCUAACAACACUGGAGCUAUUAGAAGUAAGGAAAUACCAGGAAGCUAAAAGACAUGAAAUGUUAAUGGCUGCAGAAUCAGAAAUGAAAGAGACAGCCCAGAAGGAACAACAAUUCCAAACACAUGAAGAAAAAGAACAUGAAGUGAAAGCCAUUAUCCAUGCUGCCCCUGACUCUCCAGUGUUAGAGGAGCUAAAACCAAGAUUGCCCAGUAUAACAGAAGUAACUGAAGAAACUAAGGAGAAAGAAGAGGAGAAGAUCACUCAGGAAGAGUAUACACAUACCGAAUCCAUGGAACAGACUGAAUAUAGCAUUUUAGAUCCAGAAACCAGACAAAUCGAAGCAACAACUUUACCAACAGAUUCUGGUAGCUCUAGCAGUAUUCAGCAUCAGGGUUACCUAAACAGGAAACAUGACCUUGAUGGAACACUUAAAAAAGCAGCAAACAGGUCCUGGAACAAUGUCUACUGUGUGCUUAAGAACCAUGAUUUGUACUUUUACAAAGAUGCCAAAUGCUUUGCUUUGAAUGAAGCUUUCCAAGGUGAAGGCCCUCUGCCCCUGCGUAAUGCAAGCUGUGAAAUAGUGGCCGACUAUAAAAAGAAAAAACACGUCUUUAGGCUUCGACUCGGUGAUGGAAAUGAAUGGCUAUUUCAAGCGAAAGAUGAGGCUGAUCUUCAAACCUGGGUGCCGAUUCUUGCAACAACCAUUACAGAGGCUACAGAUCAUAAACCUAAGUCCAAAAGUCUUCCUCUGCCCUCCACAUCUGCAUCUGAAGGAAAGCCAGAAAAGAAAGAUAAACGAUUUACAUUUUUCUCCUCAAAAAAAUAAAACUGUAACACCUGGAGCAGAGAAAGUACUGUCCGAUUCCCUUAUUUACUCAAAGGCAUAAGUGGUAGUUUCACUAACCAAUAAGAAUAGUAGCAGAUAAGUAAAAAAGCAAUGAUUGGAAUUUGAUGGGAGGAGACUGCUAACUGUUAUAUACUGCACAAAUUAACAUUGCAUCUGAUUAUACCAAAGCUAAUUUACUUGAAAGAUAUAUUUCCUUUCUGCUGUAUAUAUCCUACAAUAUAUGCAUUAUUAAAAGAGAACUCCAAAAUUGCAGUACCUUAAAGCCAUACAGUCCUAUAUUCCUUAUUACAGAGCAAACUUUGUCCAAGGUAGCCAUGCUCAUUUCCCAAAUACUUGCAUCACAAAUCCCUUUCCCAGACAGUUUCUCAUCCAUCUUUCUUGUUUCAUCCACAUUUCUCAACAUCUGUAUGUAGGAUUGCGCAUUGGCACCAUCACAGCUUUUUUACAGUGAUGUAUUGUUUGUACUCUUGCACAUUCUUAGGGCCCAGUGUGGUGUCUGGCUUCAAGUAUACUGCAGCUAUUUUCAUUUGGGGACAGACAACAUUUAAGAUUAUUGUAAAAUAGACACCUUAUAUAGAGAUGCUGCCAGCAAGUUUUCACAUUUUGUCUCACCAUGUCUAUACACCACUAAAAUGUUAAAGUGUUAAAUCCUGCCUGUAGAUGGUGCUAAAGUACAAAGACUUGCCAGCAAAACACAAUAGAAAAUGCCAUAGACCAUGCGCCACCUGAUGGUUAAAUUUUGCUAUUUAUUUUCCUGUGUUAACUGGAAGUGACUUAAUGCUUGCCUGCAUCUGGCCUAUUUUUUGAGGGACACUUGCCAUUCAAUAUCCUUAAAAUGGAACAGAACUUUUUGGAAGACAGCCUAAAAGGUGUUAAUUUAGGGCAUGCAGGAGGCAUGAAUUGGGCAAAUGUAUGCAGGGCAAAAAUGUCCUCAUAUUUGCAUGCUGGCAGGUUGCAAUAGUAUCACAGAAAUAUAUGUUCUCUUUGUGAGUCAUAGGUUAUUACAAUUUUAUUAUUAUCUUUGUAGUGCUGUACUGUACAAAAGUUUAAAAAUGCCGGUUAACACUAGCUAAAAACAAUUGAGCUUUUCUAUACAUGAACUGACCUAAUAACAUUAUUAGGACUUUGAGAACACAGAAUGUGUAACAGGGUGUAUUUUUUUAAAUUGUUUCUGUUGUUUUUGAGCUUGAGUUAGAGGUCAGUCUACUACAUAAAACACUACCUGAUUGCUCUAAUGGUGUCCCUUACAACAAUUUAUUAUUACCACAUGAGCGUCAAUAAACCACAUGAGUGUAAUGUGGCUUAUUGCUAAUUGGGCAUGGGCAGAAUAGAAACAUAAGAAUUGAAAACCCUAAAGCAAAUAAAAAAUAAAGGCCAAGAACAUAGUUUUUUUUGUUAUUACUGUCAGCAACAGUAAUUAUAAUAAUUAUAGCAUUUUUCCUUUUACCUGAUGGGUGGUCAAAGCCUAUACAGAUAAUAUUAUCACUAGCAAUUAGAAUACCUACAUUUUAGGAGGUAUUGUAACAAAACCACUAAACAUACUGGACCUUUUUUAUUAGACAGAUAUUUAACAACUUUACAAAAACAUUUUUUAUUAUUAAAAAAAAGUUACAAAUGCUAGAAUCAUGCAGAGACAACGUUAUCAAAAUGUGACACAUAGCCCUCUGGGGAAUGAGGAUAAUUGUAAGUAUUAAUGCUAGCCAGUAGGCCUAGAGAGGUUGGCUUGGUGAAUGACCCUCUUACCAACACCUUUUAGGUUUGCAAAACAGCAAAUUAAAAUAACAGACUUGUUAUAUUAGCAGCCAGGCCUCGCAGAGAAUCCAAAACCAAACAGGUACGUCAUCAGACCAUACAUGCAGCCCACAGACAACUGUGGUAGUGCCAUACUGCACCUCCAUAUUAUUCAAUCAUUGCCUCAAGGGCCAUUAGAUCAUCCAUAUUUGGCUCAGCAUGUAGAACCAAACCACAUCAAGUUCUGCUUGUUUAGUGGGCCAGCCAAAAAUAGAAUCUUUCUGUGACUGGUCAGCUUGCAUUUAAUAUUGCUUUAUGGCAGGGAAAGCAAGUGUUAUAUUCUCUCUGUCCAUAUUCUUAUUAGAUGCUAUUUCACAUCAUGGUCAAAGAAUAAUAAAAAUGAGUGUUAUCAAUUCUGGCAAAGGCAAAUGACUUUCUCUUGUUUUAGAAGUCGAGAGCCACAUAAGCAUCAAUACUUUUAAUUCAGAAAAUGUUUGAAAUAUACAUAAAAUAUAUACUGUGGUCAAAGUAUCUGGACACCUGGCUGCCCAACUUCUCAUUCCAAAACCAAGGACAUUAAUAUGAAUUUGGUCUUCUUUCUGCUUCUCCACUAGAUUUUGUUAUUGUUAGUGAGAUUUACAUUCAUUCAGUAAUGACAGCAAUAGUAAGAUUGGGUAAUGAUGGGGUCAGGCCUGGCUUGCCGCCAGUAUUUCAGUUAAUCCCAGAAGGGUGUAUUUGACUUGAAGUCCUGGCUCCGUGCAGUGCAGUCAAGUUCUUCCACUCCCAUCUCAGCGACCCCGAUAUGGACCUUACUUUGUGAAUUGGGGCAUUAUUGUGCUGACAUGAAAGGGUGUUCCCCACACUGUUGCCACAAAUAAGAAGCAUGGUAUUGUUAUUGUAUGACAUAGCCCUAAAGGGGAUCUAGAGCCAUUUAAAAAAAAAAAAAAAAAAAAAAAGCAUAUAUUAUUUACAUAUAUUCCAAAAUUGUUUAAUUUAGUGCAAGGAACAUAAAACUACAUUUUUCAAAACUGACUUUAGAUCCCCUUUUAGGUUUGCUCCCAAACCACUGAAGACAACUCCAUUAGUGAAAACAGACCAUUAUUCCUUCUCCACCAAACUUUACCAUUGGAAUUAAGCAUUCAUGCAGGUAGUGAUCUCCUGGCAAAUGCCCGGACUUUACAUCAGAUGGUGAAAUACCAUUUAUUAUUCCAGAGGACAUAUUCGACCACUCCAGAACCCAGUAGUGUUACACCACUCCAGCUUAUGCUUGGCAUGCUUGUUUGCCAAUGAUUGCCCAUAAAAACACCCCUUUACUACAAAUAGUUCUCGUUCUGACAUGUCUUAUGAAGACAGUUUUGAUCUCAGUGAGUGUUUAAGCUGUGGACAUGUCAUUUUAAAAAGAGUGUCUAGAUACAGGGCUCUUUGGUAUUGAAAAGCAACUAACACCACCCAUUCUCCCACCUUCUAACACUUCCUGCAGUAUUUUGACUCCCUUCCAAAGCCAUUAAUAAUACAUUUUCUUCUCCAUCUGGAGCCAUCAAACUGCAUAGAUCUUCGCAGUCAUCCAAGUUUUAAGCUGUGGUUAUAUGAAAAUAUUCCUAUUAUUCCUGUAGAACCAGAAUUGGAAGUCAGAUAUUUGUAGGUUUAUUACUUUUUUUUAAACAGGGCAAAUGUGCAGUUCUGUUGCUAAAUUCUUGAGCUUGUAGAUUUUGCAGUAGUUCAUUGAUGUACUAAGUCUUGUUCCAUGUGCUUGGAAUUGUAAAAGUGUGAGUACAGAAAGAGAAUUACAGCCCUCAAAUGCCAUUGUAUUUUUAGAAUCUUACUUGGUACUGAUGUCUAUGUGGUGCUAUUUCAGAAAUAUAUGUUUGGUUAAAAAUAACUAUGACAACAGAAUUCAGUACACAAGAAGUGAUCAAAUUUUUUUUAAGAGUGUGAUAAUAUAAAUACAUAUUAAAAUGUACAGACUUGCAUGAAUGUUUAUUUUGUUUUGAAUUUCAUCAUAGCAGCAUUUACAAGUUUAGUUUUAUAAAAUUAUCUUUUACAUAUAUUAAAUAAAAUCCCAUGUAAGAAACUGAUACCAUACUGACAAACUGCAUAAAGCUAUGGUAAUGUAUGCAUUGUGUAUCUAAAUAAACUCUUACAGCAAAUUCA